UUUUUUUUUUCAAUAUUUUCCCACCAUCAAUCAUGUACUGUAGAAAUGCCAGUUUCCCACAAGCUCGUUUCACUAACGUUCACUUACUCCAGAUUCACCUUUGACCUUUCAUAUCUGAAUUUUCUUCCCAGAGAAGCAAAUGCCACAUUUUUUUUUCUUGUCCCUCACCUCUAAAACAAAAUUGUAUGACAAAAUCAUCCCGCUAGACACACAAGUGAAUGCUCUCAUCCUGUAGAUCCACAUAUGGAGUGUAAUGUUUGCUGGUGUGUGUGCUUUGAUAUGUGUGUGUGAGUCAGUGCCGAAGGUAGAAUUUAAUCUUUGAUAUCGUUAUCAGUUCCAGGGUGAUGGUGGACUGUUUGCAAGACCCACUGGAGCUCUGACCUACUUGUGUCAGUGAAUAGGUUGCAUAGGCUGUUUUUUUGUUAAGAGUGUGUGUGUUUGUUAGAGUUUUGGGAGGGUGUGCACUUAAAGCGAACUCUGUGUGGACACAGGGAGUGUGAGAAGCUGGGUGUUUUGACAGCUUUAGAACAGUUCCAGCACAGUGUUGGGGCAGGGGGUGAGCCGGCCUGUUGGAUAUAUGAGUGUGCGGCGAGGGUGAGAAUAGGGUCAGCGGAGGAGUGGAUAGGAGGGGAUGAGAUAAACGCAAGAAAACACUACCAAAAAAUGCUCGUUUUGAAUUUCUUUAUGAGUAAACAUCUGAAAUGAAUUGAUUCGAAAAUUUAUUGUUUGUUAUCCCUUAGCAAUACAUCUGAAGAGCAAACCUUACCCCUUACUUGCAGUUAAAAUAAAACAGAUAUUAGUCUUGAACUUUACUAAGCUUAAACAAAAUGAAUUCUAUCGAAAUAAAUGCAUUUCAACAUGCCAUUCCUUCCUUUGGUUAAACCAGAGGAGCACUAAAUAUACUGCAGACAAAACUGAGCAUUUGUCCAAGCAGCAAGACGCCUCUUUGCCGAAGCAUUCCUGCCAAAAGAGUGAUCUCAACCCAUUCUCCCAACUUUAAUCUCACCAAAGUGUAAAAGCUACGGGACUAAACUUCCCACACAGUUAAUAAAAGACCCAUAAAGCUUGUCUAACAAAACACAGUCCUUUUUGUUUUACUGUAGCUGAAUGGGGCCAGACAUCACCUCAGAAUUGUGCUGCUUAAGAGUUCUCUCACAAGUACACCUCUCCCCCCCAAAAAAAUAGGGGGGGGGGGGGGGCUCUCCACAUUUCCUAAGCCCUCUCUGUGCCAGUGGUGUUGAACCCCUGCUUUCUCCAAUGGCAUUCCAGCCCAUCUUUCAUGCUGUUUCAUUGUGGCCAUGCCAGCCAGGUCAGGGGGCAGUAUUUUCUCAGGGCUUCAAGACAGCAUUGGAAAGAUAGAUAUAAGACGUACCGUCUGACUAUUUGUGCACUGAAUUCCUGUUUGAUUCCUGUUUGUUGUCGUUGUGUCUGCGUGUGUGCGUGAUGUGCAAGAAUCUACACGAACACAAACAUUUUAUAUAUGAUUGCUGCACUUAGGUCAAAUAACACACUGACCUUCUCUUUAAAAUGCUUAAUAUAACUCAGUAUGUUGUGACACCCAUGGCUAACCUGCGAUAUAGAAUCUGUCUCAAAGAUGUAAGCUGCCUCUUUUGAGGUGGCUCCGAGUGACAGCACUGACUUGAUGUAGCCGUAAGAGCCUGCGCCGCCUUUGUUUUAGAGAUUACAGUACCAAACUCUGCCAGUAGAUGUCCGUCUUCAGUCUUGCACAGCCUCCAAACAAAGUUGGCAGACUGGCUUUCAAAGAUAUUCACAUGAUCAAAUUGGUGACUGUAUCAGUAUCCUAAGUGUGUCAAAUAAGUGAAAGAUAAAAUGAUGCCUAUGACUAUAGUGAGUGGCAGAUGGACUGGUAAAAGCUCCUGCCUUGAAAGCAAACCUGCUAAAGUUUAAAUUAAACAUAGUUUUGCUUGAAGAAAACUGGAGGUAUUUUGCUGACAAAGCAAAGCUCAGCAUUCCAGCAGUAAAUUCUUAGACACUGAGAUCUUGGAAGAUAUGAUAGCAAACGCUAUGUAUUCUCCUUGGUCCAGUCUGUGAUCUCCUUUUUUACUGGCUUUAGUAGCAGUAGGCUACAGUUGCAACGUGGUAGUUGCUAUGCCUGAAAACCCGGAGUAACCUUAGGAGAAAAUUUCUCUCCAUUGCCCAUGAGUAAUAAUAACAGUCUUGCAUUAUUUACCUGGAUAGAGCGUGUUUGCAAGGGUUAAAGGGGAAACGUAGUUAAAUCCCACUGACAUGCAGACAGUUGCGUGGAUAACAUUAAAAAAAAAUACCCCGUGCUUACCUAUGAUUGAUUAUUAGGUAGUGAUUAAAGGCAGUGCAAAGUGGAUGCAAGGGCUGUAUCUGCCAAAGGCAGCACGCUUUGUGGGCCGUUCUGCGUUAAUAGGAUGAAAAGAACAUAGUUUCUGGGCGGGGAUACGAUGAUAUAUACAGGACAUGAUUGGCCCGCGUGUUCUAAUCGCUGAGGAGGCCUUAAGUGUUCCUCUUAAACCUCGAGAUUUAGGCUAUUAAAGUAUUACAGUAAUAAAGUUAGUGCGUUUAAAUUGCGUUUUAAAUUCCUCAGCCACUGUUGCAUGGUAAUGGUCAUCCCGGAGCUGUUUGACAGUUGUUCUUAUUCACAGAAAUCACACAGCGCAGUAAAGAAAAAACGCUAAUUGCAGAAUUUCAUAUUUUAAUCAAUAGACAGCUCAAAAGUUCCACUUUUAGUCAUCAGUGACGUCUUCCGUAUUCUCAAGUCUUCUUCCAAAAAUGUCAGUUUGCAGGAUAUCAAGCUGUGUGUCUAAAUCCUCAGAAAGAUGGAGUGCAAACGUCUAAUUUUCCAACGGAACUUGAACGCAGCACAGGAGAAGUUGGAAGACUUGUGUCGUGACGCGCAGUCGUGGAGGCGUGCCUCUGAUGAAAUCAGCCGGGGAAACAACAACAGAAAGGGGGUGGCUCAGACCAGAAGACUCUUUCAGCCAGUUGUGAUUGCAUUUCAUCCUCCAAAGUGUCAGUUUGAAGAUAACAAAGCAUUAUAUUAAGUCUGCAGCAGCGAGCUGGUUCUUGUUGAGUUCUGUGAGGCGCUGGAUUAAGGAGGCAGCGACGGGAAGUAGACUAAAGAGGAGGAUGUGAUAGGGCAAAGGUCCUGUCUGCAGUUAUCUGUGCUCUUUGGCAAACAACGGGAUCGCAGAGAUCGCAUCUUCCCUCUCCGUGCGUCUUUGUCCGGUUUCAGUGACCGGCUCAACCACCAGCAGAGUGGCAUGUGGGUCAAUUCCGGAACCGUCGGAAGGGCCCUCUCCAUGGAUAUAGACACAGACUAUGAGCGGCCCAAUGUGGAAACCAUUAAAUGUGUGGUGGUAGGGGAUAAUGCAGUAGGCAAGACCAGGCUAAUCUGUGCCCGGGCCUGCAAUGCCACCCUCACACAGUAUCAGCUGCUUGCCACCCACGUGCCAACCGUCUGGGCCAUCGACCAGUACCGUGUAUGCCAGGAGGUGUUAGAGAGAUCUCGUGAUGUAGUGGAUGAAGUCAGUGUGUCCCUGAGGUUAUGGGACACAUUCGGGGAUCAUCACAAAGACAGACGUUUUGCCUAUGGCAGGUCUGAUGUAGUGGUGCUUUGCUUCUCUCUGGCUAAUCCCAAUUCCCUGCGCCACGUCCGCACCAUGUGGUUCCCGGAGAUCAAGCACUUCUGUCCCCGGACGCCCAUCAUCCUGGUUGGUUGCCAGCUGGAUCUGCGCUACGCCGACCUGGAUGCUGUUAACCGGGCGCGCCGACCGCUAGCCAAACCCAUCAAACCUACAGAUAUCCUUCCUCCAGAGAGAGGCCACGAGGUGGCAAAAGAACUUGGUAUUCCCUACUAUGAGACCAGCAUCGUUGCCCAGUUUGGUGUCAAAGAUGUUUUUGACAAUGCAAUCCGUGCUGCCCUUAUCUCCCGUCGACAUCUGCAGUUCUGGAAGUCGCACCUGAAGAAGGUCCAGAGGCCCCUCCUCCAGGCGCCAUUCCUGCCUCCUCGGCCACCACGCCCCAUAGUGGGCAUCCCAGACCCGCCUCUAACAGACGGCGAGGGCCCCGACUCCCUUUUCUGUCAGCCACUGUGUGCUGAUGUUCUUUUCCUUCUGCAAGGUGGCACUACUCGAGUUUUUGCACACAAAGUCUAUCUGGCUACAUCCUGCUCCAAGUUCUAUGACCUCUUCACCCUUGAUCUCGGUGGAUCGUGUACCGGGCCAUGGGGGGAGGAACAGGAGAGCAAGGAAAAAUCGGAGAGCGGGGAGGAAGACGAGCAGAGCCGGAGAGGAGCCAAGGAGCAAGCUGGACGUACUAAGAGCCUAGAUAUUGAUAAAGAUGGGGUUGACGGAGGCGUGAGAGGCCUGAAUCAACCCCAGCUGCGCCAGCAGGGCUCUUUGAGGACUUCCCAGAGUGAUAAUGCACUUCCUUCUCGAGCCCAGUACUCCAUGGGAGCACUAGGGACUGGGCGAGCACUUUCAGGAUGGGGAAGGGGGUUCUUGAGUGUUUGUUUGGAGCACAUAGAUGAUCCCGUGACUGGACACCCACGACUCAUGACUGUGGUAGCCAUGGAUGCACUUAUACAGGAGGAGCCAUUCAAGGCUGUGCUUCAGUACCUAUACACCGGCAGUUUGGAUGAGGGUCGAGGAGAUCUGAUGCAGGUCGCCACCAUCGCGGAGCUACUUGAGGUGUUUGACCUGCGAAUGAUGGUGGCCAAUGUUUUGAACAGAGAAAGCUUCAUGAACCAGGAGAUCACCAAGGCCUUCCACGUCCGCAGAGCCAACCGCAUCAAGGAGUGUCUCAAUAAGGGGACAUUUGCUGAUGUGGUGUUCCGACUGGAUGAUGGUUGUCUCCCAGGCCACAAGCCCCUGCUUAUCUCCAGCUGCGACUGGAUGGCGGCCAUGUUCCGUGGCUCUUUCAUGGAAAGUUACAUUGAGGAGGUCUCCAUCCCUAACACCAGUACAGCCUGUAUGCGAGGGGUGCUGGAGUUCCUGUACUGUGGCCUCCUGACGCCUUGUCCUGGUCUGGAGCCCAUGGAACUAAUCAUUCUGGCCAACCGUCUCUGUUUGCCACGUCUCGUCGCCCUCACCGAGCAGCACGCUGUGGAUGAGCUUCUCCGACUGGCAGUGAAAGGAAUUGACAUUGAUGGGCAGGUGUUGGCUUACCUUGAACUUGCACAGUUCCACAACGCAAAGCAGCUAUCAGCUUGGUGUCUCCAUCACAUCUGUACUAAUUAUAACAGCAUCUGCCGCAAGUUUCCCAAAGAUAUGAAGGCCAUAUCUCCAGAAAACCAGAGGCACUUUGAGAAGCAGCGCUGGCCACCCGUGUGGUUCCUGAAGGAAGAGGAUCGCUACCUGCGCUCCCAGAAGGAACGUGAACGUGAAGAAGAGAUCUUGCGCAAGCAACACACCAAAAGGGGCUGGUGUUUCUGGAGGCAUCCAUCCUCCUCUCCACAUGUCUCUUAAAGCGCCCCAACCUGGAAAGUUGCACCUCCCCAUCCACCUCCACACAUAUAGAGGAGAAUUACCCCGAACCCCUCUAUUAGUGGAUAAAUGACCCUCAGAGCUAAUAUGCCUGGAUGUCAGCAUGUUUGGGGGAAUGUAUGUGCCUCUUUAUAAGUGUGGGUGACCACACAAAUGCAUUUUGCUAUCCUGUGUGACACGUGUGGAUUCAACUCAUGGGUAUGUGCAUGGAGGUGUGAUUGUAUGUGUGCAGUAUAUUGUGAUCGAGUGAUGCUUCCAAGUUGAGUGCUUCCCAAACGCCCUGUUUGAUAAUGGCCUGAGGUUGCAGUGCAGCCCCUUUUGUCCUUCCAGAAGAGCUCGGUCCCUCCACCAGCACUCACAGUGUCUAAGCCGCGUGAGUGAUUGGACUGGGAGCAAGGGCUCUCUAUUUCUCUCAGUCUCCAUCCUUCACAUUGACCUUAAUGACUAUUACACAUUGACCACUGCGGCUUCUCUUGGGGGAGCUUACCUCUGCCUUCACUUCUAUACAGACUGUUAGCAUGCACACACAGACCUAUGCCCAUUUUCCACCCUCUUAAAAAAACCAGCACUGUAUUCCCAGGAAUUGACACUGACAAUGUAAUUAUUAUUCCAACAUUGUUUUUUUUGUUUUUUUUUUUAUGUUUGGCGCCUUCUAGGAAACUUUUAUCAGGUGAAAUGGCGCAUACUACUUCCAGGAAGCUGAUGAUUGCCGUCACAACCACACGAGAUGUGAUUGUAAAUCUAGAGCCGAGGUUUGCUGGCAAGGGGGAACUCUAAAACAAUUAGUACGUUAAAAUGCUCCUGUCAAGAGGAUUGAUCAUAGCCUUCGGUGAUCCCGAAGUGGUGGUUCUUGGUGUUUAUCACCCACCCGUGCACUUCCCAAUCCUUUGCUGCGCAUACCAAGCCACAAAAAAACAACAAAAACUAAACAAAAAGCUCGAAACCCUCGAAUGACCACAGCAAUAGGGGGCAAAGAGGGCCAGCCUUACUUGAUACCUCCGCCAUGGAGGAAUGAUGGAUUCAGUAUUAAACAACUGCGCUUGUAACGUCCACGACCACUAUGUUACACUGAAGCACCUCAGCCAGCCUGCCUUUAUACCCCUACACCACUAGGGGCAGCACUGCUCAGGGCCCUGACACUAUCUUUCACACUAAUGGAUUUUAGGCCUGUGUCUUCUGCACUAUACUUUCAUUUGAUGAGAUUGCCAGUAUAACUUCAAUCCUUGCAGUGUUAAAAAAAACAAAACUUCAGCACCUGCAGUGUUAUUAGUGCAUUUAUAACAAAACAACAACUAUAUAUCACCAGAUUUAUUAAUACCAAAGCUGUGAUUCUUCUUCUUCUAUUUAUUUCUGCCUCCUUCCUGCCUUUCUUUCUUUUUUCUUUUUAUUUUUCAGGAAGAAGGGAUGUAAGAGAGAAGUGAAAGUGAUUGUAGGAGAAGAAGAAGGCAGAAAAAUAUUUGAAUCCUUUGGAUGGGUGGUGUUUCUAAUCUGUGGUGUCAGGAGAAAAACCGUCACUUCUGAACAUUGCCUUCGUUUCUGUUGCUCAAUUUGAAAAUGGUGCUGAAGACACAGUAAGACGGUGUUCGGAAGAACACACUCAAGAACCUGUGUAUUUUUUUUGUGUUUACCUGCAAAGAGAAUGGAGAAAUUUAAGGAGGGGUUUUAAAUUUUGACAUAGGAGCAUUUUAACCCUUAUUGUUUCUUCUUCCUUUACUAACAGUCUGUAAGAGGUCAUAAUAGGUCAUUGAUAUUUAGAUUGUGUGGUUUGUCUGAUUUAACCCACAGCAGUUACAAACCUUUUUUUUUGCUGCUUUCUGAUUCAAAAACAACGUGAUCUACGUUGCUUCGUUAAUCAAGAUUGAAUUCGGAGGCGUGAUCGUUGUUUCAAGAAACUUGUCAGUAUAUUGCUGUGUAUGAGAGCAAAUCUGAUUUUCCUGUUGAGGGUGCUAAUUUUGUCAGGCUUUCGUACUGAUUGUGGAGGGAAAAAAAGAAAAAAGAUGUGUUGAUGAAUUUCUAUUAGCACGUUGUUCUAUUUGUGGGUUUGCGCCCCUCAGCUUUACCCAGGCACUAGAUAGAUAGAUUGUGUGAGACAUCUGGUCUGUUCUACCGUGCAAAGUCAUUGUCAGCUCCUGAAGUAGAAGUUGAGUAGGACCUCAUGAGACUCAAGUGCAAACUGAGCUGUUUCAUCUCCAGAAAGGGUGAAAGUGAGCAUAUUUCAGUCAGGAUUACACAUAUCCUGAAUAAAUGCAUAGAUAGUUAAAAAUAUCCCAAUGCAUGGCUUUGAGAACUUAGAAAAGAGACCUGAAGAAGAGGAAAGACUGUUUUUGAUUAACUUACUUUUAAGUUUCUCAUAGAAUCUUUUUGUCUUAAUGGUGUUAAUGGUUAGUAUGUCCCCAUUAAGCCUAUCUUGGUCCAGGUGCCUUAUAGAUGGACAAAACUGGAAACUAAAGUGGGAUUUUAGCAGCUUCUUAGUUUAAAGCUGCAGACUGGUUCUGCAGUCAGCGACAUGAAGGACACUGUAGACAAUGGCCAUGAUCAUAACUGUAAAAUUUUCUGUGGUGAUCCUUCAUGCAUCUUCAGCUAUUAUUCUUAUUGAAGGAUUUUUAAGACGAUUGCCUGUGCAAAAUCCUUUGGCCUUCUGUUUACUUCAUGCAGACAAAUGGCCUUUUAAACGUUUUUUUAGUAUAGUAGAAUAUGCUGGCCUUAGAGUAAGGUGUUUUCUCUGAAUCGGGACUCACGUCAUGGUUACGUUUUUUUCCACUGACCAGAUGACUGAGUGGUAGCAACAACACCAAUUGCAUUAUAACUUCCAAACCACUGUUUUUGAGAAAGCAAAGCUUUUUAUUAAUUAGCGCUGGCUGGCCUGUGCGCUGGGAGGGUGCAACCACUUUUGGAGUGAAGUUAAUUUCUGGCCUACCCUUGUCAUUACAAUGACAUUUGAGUUGGAAUGCACUUUUUCGUGUGUCUAUACCAUACCUCUUUUUUCUGCACUUAGCAUGGAUUGAUCCUUGUGUAAGAUUGUUUGUAAACCUGAAGAUUGUAGCAUGACUUUUCCACUCAAGUCUUUCAAAUCCUCCACAUCUCAGUGACGAGAUGGACGACACAACUUCUUCAGCUUCUUUAAGGUCUUGUACGCAUUGAACUCCACAGUAGCUCUUUUCCUGGCUAUGUGGCUUUAUGCACAUGCCCUUUUGGCUAAAUUAGCUCUGCACAGCUGAAGGUAGCAUCCAGCUCUAAAUGAUACACUUCACAGGUUAGCGUGAUAAAAUAAUGCAGAGGAUCUGUUCCUGUGGUGCAGUGUUACAGCUCUCCAUGUGUGCUGUUACUGUAGUUACUAAACUUAAUGAAGCUUGUUUCUGUCAUUUUUUUUCUUUAAUCUUGAAAAAAAGAAAGAGAGCAGUUGAAAUCAAGGAUUUAUAAUCCAGUGU